AUGGCGCCUAGAUCGCUGGAUUCACUUCCAGCGGAGUUGCUCCUACAAAUUGCUGGCUAUUUGACAGCACCACUCCACGAACUUGAGCGUAUAUUUGAUCAUUUCCAUGGCUCGGGCCCGUUGGGAUGGGAACGGGCAGCGGCCACCGAUGAGGAGAUUGCCGCCUUCAGAUGCUAUGCCCGGCUCAACUCGCUUGUGCGUGUGUGCCGCAAGACGUACGAUGUUUUGAACCCGAAUUUGUACCGACUUGCACUCCAAUGGAUGGACUUUUUGCUAUCUGCACCAUGCGUAUCGAUCGGUGAUUUCGUCAGCAUGGGCGAGCUUGGUAUCAGAAUCCUCGACAAAUUUAUCAACGCAGGUCUCGUAGGUGAUCUGCGUCGAAAUGUAUCGUCAUACCACGACCGCUCCACUCUACCCGACAUGGAAACUUUCGAAAUCGAGGCAAGGUUUUUCCCGAGCUAUGUCAGCGUCAAGGCCUUUCCGGGCCGGCAUAGGUCUGUCCCAGUGCGCCCUACAUCAAAAUUCACCAGCUGCUGGGAGAAGAAGCGAUGUCUGAGGCCCAGCAAGGCGAUCAUACCCGAAGAUUACAUUUACUUUGAGCCCAGCGGCAGGUUGAGGCAACGUUGGGAGCCGCAUCAAAUACGCCUUCUGGAAGUGGCAGAUAACUUCCUCUGCCAAAAACAUCAAGAUUCCUACGGAGGCAGACCGAAGACUGACGUCGACGAAUACGAAUCUUACAAUAUGGCUAUAUAUUAUGCUCGUUCCAUCCGCGGCUUUAGAAGCCCGCUACACGUUGCCGCAUCCUUGGGUAACCUGGAGGCGAUGAAGCGGUUACUCGAUGUCGGGUUCGAUCCGAACGCCUUAGCAGAAGGGCACUGCCAAUGCACAGACCUGAAACCCUGGUCUGCUGGCUUACCACAAUACAGUGUAGUGCCAGAUCCGGAAACAAGGCUGCCAAGGUGGACCCCUUUGCAUACUGCCAUCUGCCACGGAGAGUUCGAGGCUGCCAAAAUGCUCAUCUCUUACGGCUCGGAUGUUUACCGAAUCUUGAAACACAGCGGACAGGGCCCCACCAUCUCGGCCUUUCAUGCUGCGGCAGGAUUUGGAGACGUCAAGUUGCUGGACCACCUCGCAGACUCGGGUUUCUGCAGCGACCCUGAGGUGCUCGUUCGAACGGAUCGCGUUGGCCUCACACCUCUGCAUUGGGCUAUCAUCAACGGCCACCUUGACACAUCCGCCGCCUGGCUUCUCGCACACGGUGUGGAUAUCGAUACACCCGCGAUGAAAACUAACGGGAGGACCGGCAUGGAUUGUUCAGUACUGGCACUAACUUUGCGAUAUGAGUGCUUUUACGAGGCUUGCAGACUUAUUGACAUGGGUGCCUCCGUCACUCAGAUCGCAACUUGCGAUGUACCCUCUUCGCUACACCAGGCGUGUCGUCGAAUGCGCGUUUACGGGGCAGCUCGGUUCGGUGAAAAGCCGAGUUCUCAGCCUCUGGUAGACUCCCAGCAUCGCACCCGAGUCCCCGACCCCUCCGAACAGGCCCGGGUGGACACCGUCAAGAAGCUGAUUGACAAGGGCUGCAAAGUCGACUGCCGAGACCCGCUAACUGGCCUAACCACAGUCGGCUUAGCCACUCAAAACUGCCUCCCCCAAACCGUGGCCUACCUUCUGGCAGCUGGGGCCUCGAUUGACGCUAAUGGCGUUUGGGAAGCAUUUGAAGAGGCCGAACAUUUCACCUCGCCUGACGGGUCCGGCCUGGCGACUCUACUUGUCAUUGUGGACCAUCUCAGAGCUGAAGAUGCUUCUUUUCCGGACAAGGUACUUUACUGGCUGCUGAGCACUAAGCCCCCAAGGAUCUGGGGAAACCGGGAAACCUGUCGCGAAGCAAUUAGAUGGAUCGUUGCCAAAGGCGCCAAUCCCCACCGGCUGCAGUUGCCUGGCGAGACCAUCGAGUUCAACAAGCUUUACCUACUGGCUGCAUCCGUCGACUUCAACUCGGCCGAAAUCCUUUCACGCAGUCAAAUGGGUCUACCUGUAAAUGACUUUGAGGAAUUAAUCCAAUCUCUGUCUUUGACAGGCACGGGGCAUGAAGGGAGAGCCGCUUUGAUAUGUGCCCUUGACCUUAGCAGCCAUCCAUGGAAAGAAAUGAAACCGCCAACCCUCGUCAAAUGUCUCGGCUCCCUCAUUGACGGGUGGAGUUCGGAACGACUAGCUUUCACGUCAGGCCAGACGUUGCUUCGCUUCCUCGACUAUGCUGAAGACUGGAUCGGUUCCCUAGAGCCUGGCCAACUGGCACAAUUGCUUCAAUCUGCAAUCUGCAGGUUACAUAUGGUAAUGUGUACUAAGGGUUCCGAGAGAUACCUGGUGCCUGACACGGCGGUCAUUCACAGGCUUGUGCACCUAAUUUGCAGGACUGGUGUAAUGGCGUCAAAUGGCCAGCAGGAGUUGGCGAGCAACGAUGAAGUUGACGUCGACGAUGACGAUGACGAUGGCGAUGACGAUGACUAUGACGAGUUUAAAGAAUGUCCCAAGACCUGCCCCACCGGCUUCUUCAAUGAGCUCUCGGGAGGAAUUUGCUGCAACAAUGAUUUAUGGACAUACGACGAACUCGCUCCCAUUUAUUGCACGCUCAUACAACACGGCGCCGAAGUAUUCGGGACUUGCGGGUAUCAUGGAUUGGACGAGUGGGGAGAGGAGCAAAUACAAAUACACACAGUAAUAACGGCAGGAUGCUACAAAACCUUGCAUUCCAUUUUGUGGGCGUCGCCUGACCUGCUGCAACGGCAUGGCGAAUUUGGACGGCGACUCCUCCACUACACCGCAAUAAAGCUGGCCGUACUUCUCGACGAAAAGCCACGCACGCAGAGCGACGCCGGCGACAUACAACUGGCAAACUCUUACUUGAGGAUCAUGUGCUUGUUGAUCCAGCACGGGGCAGACCCGGCGGAGUGCGACGACGAGGGCAAGGUCCCGCUGGAGUUCAUUCUGGUCGCAGCCUUGAGGAGGCCUCAGAAUCUGAUUUUCGGGGCGCACCAUGACGGCCAAGUCGUGGCAAGAAGGGUGCUCCCCAUUGCCGUGCGGCUUCUGUGGCACCCGUCGCUCGCGGAGCACGUCAUUCCGGCUGACGACUGGGACUACGAGCCUGGAGGUGAUCCCGAAUACGAUGACGAUAUGGAUGUGGAGCUCUCGUAUUUUGAUGACCAUGACCCAGAGAACAACUGGAAGGCCGUGUGGGACAUGACUGUAGCGGAGUGUCUGCAAGUUUUGCUCUCGGGGACUGUCGAUGAAAUGGAAUUUCGGCCUGCUCGGCUCUGGAGGGUGGAGCAGAAAAGUGCGGACGAGUCGAGGAGGAUCAUGGCCGGCAGUCUGAGAAAGACUGUCCGGGUGUGGGAGGAUGAGGCCGGAAGCCUCAAGGUUGAGAUGCUGCCGAUGGAAUGGGCUGGAGCGGAUGUCAAGGCUAGCGGUGGUGACGAUGAUGGCGAAGUGUCAGACGGUAGUAGCAGUAGCUGUUUGAGUAAGGGAAGCAACAGCUUUUAG